UAUGGAUACCGACCAAACUAAGUUUGUGUGGUCAACAAGUGUUGUCUCUCUCCUUUAUAUAAUCACCAAACAAAGAAGAAGCUCACUGUUUGUUUCUCCUGAUGGGGUCUUGUUUUUAUUGUUGUUAGUGGUUGAUUUUGGUCGGUUUUUGAAGAUAAAUGUACGAUUUUUAUUGCUUUGGUAGAUUUUUGUGCAUGGUGUUGAUUUAUGAUUUCCUUCUUCCCUUUUACGGAUGAUGAAUAUGAUUGUUUGUUUGAUAAGGGUUUGAGGGAAAGGAAAGAGAGAAAAAACUAAGGUUUGAGCUGAUGAAUAUGUGUGUUUUAAGAGGCUGAGUGAGUAAUUACAUGUGAUCCGUUUUGCUGUUGAAUCUACAUUUUGGUUUUAAGAGUCUGGGUUUUGGUUUUUUUUUUUUUCUGAUUAUGUUGUGUGUUUUAAUGGGAUUUCAUCCUUACAUAUAGAAAUGAUGAGUUGAGAAGUUUGAAGUUUUUAGGUGAUAGUUGGGUGAGGGAAAGGGAUGUUUAAAUUACCAGUUCAUGCUAACAGCGCUUCUUCAUUGGAUGACAUAGAUCCCUUCGCUGAGGCAAAUGCUGAUGACUCUGGUGCUGGGGCAAAGGAUUAUGUUCAUGUGCGUGUACAACAGCGAAAUGGCAGGAAAAGCCUGACUACUGUUCAAGGGUUGAAGAAGGAAUAUAGCUACAGCAAGAUACAAAAGGACCUCAAGAAAGAGUUCUGCUGCAAUGGAACUGUUGUCCAGGACCCUGAGUUAGGCCAGGUCAUUCAACUUCAGGGUGAUCAAAGGAAGAACGUUUCCACCUUCCUCAUUCAGUCUGGCAUUGCGAAGAAGGAAAACAUCAAGAUUCAUGGUUUCUAAGUAGCAGCAAGCUAAUUGCUAUACCUAGUCUACACGUCUGGCACAGCUGCAAGUUGGUUAUCAUAUAGAACUUGGCACUUUUAUCCUGUGUUCUUUCCAACUUUUUUUCAGGAUGUUCUGUUCUCUGCAUUUAAAAAAAAAGGUGGAUUCACUGCUUGGUGUGUGGUGUGGAUGUGAUAUGUUCGAAAAGGUUGCUCGCAGUGUAGCUUUAACAUGUAUGGCUACUGGAUCCCUUAUCAGAAAAAUAGUCUGCUUGCCUUCAUCAGAUGUUUGUGCUACUAGCAAUAAAUCAUGAUCUAUCUGGGAUAAUAUGCAAAUCAGUCCUUCUAAAACAUCCCAUAUCAAUAAAACUUAAAAAUUAUAUGAUCCCUUCUUCCAUAUCUAUAAAUUCAUGCUUCCAUAGCCAAGAAGCAGCAACCUUUUAUUUUCUUCUCAGAUUUCACCUUGGCAUCUCUAAUAUUUACUUCAACCGCAACUUCUUAAUGGUGAGCAGGGCACGACUGUAUCUGGACUGGCUCGAAUUGUAGGGAUGUGAAAGGGUUUGCUGAGGAUUAAAAAAAGUGGACUGGCUUGAGCAGGACACGUGGAGUGUAUUUGGUAUUGUGAUAGCUUUUGUGGUUAUGAUUUAAAAACAAAUUGUUAUAUAAAAAGCACUUUUGAUCAA